CAGAGUUAACGAUCAUAGUAAGCGAUUAGUUAUGGUUAGAAGCCGCCGUAUUCUUCACUUUUGAAGUAUUUAACGGAAUCAGGAUAAAUGGAAGCACCAACUGUUGAUAAAAUUCUAGCAAGAAAAGCUUUAUCAAGUAAAAAAGCUACUCCGAAAUCAAUUCGAACUGUACUUGCAACACCUCGUGAAAAUUAUAGGUCGGUUAUUAGUAAUGAAAAUGCAACCCAUGUAGCUGAAUUAAUCACUAAAUUAUUUGGUACACAUAAAUCAAUCCCAAAAAUUCCAUGGAAGGAAAUUCGAGGUAUUCCAAAAGAUAAACGAAAAGAAUUUCGACAAAACUAUGUUAAAGAUCAUGUGGAAUUCGAUCGUUCAAUUAAGAAAACACACAAAUGUUUUAUUUUGGGAAUUAAUCGAAUUAUCAAAAAGUUAGAAGAUAAUCAAAUUAUGGCUGUAAUUUUGGAUUCAGACAUCUUAGAAAUGUCAACUAUUUAUAAUUUUAUAUCUCGAUUAUGUCAACUGAAAAAAACCCCCUUUAUUUUGCUAGAAAAUUUAGGAACUUUAUUAUUAAAUUCAAUAGGAAUUCGAUCACAUACUUUAGGUUUUACCAAACAAACAGAUUGCUCGUAUUUCGAACCCAUUAUUACGAAAAUUAAAGAAUUCUCAGCUAUUAAAGAAGAGAGUCCCGUUAAAUUAGAUAAACAAGCGAAAGUUGAAGUAAUGGAAGUUGAAACGAAAAAAGAAGAGCCGAAAAAACUUUAUUUAUACCGAGAUUCGACUAAAAGUCGAGUAUUUACUCCUUGUGCAUCGCUCAAUAAAAUGGAAAUGGAUACAAGUGAUUUUAUAGCAUUUUCAAAAACUGAAGAAUCAAGUACUGUGGAAUAUGUACCUUUAAAAUUAUCAGUUUUACAAUCAAUCAGUAAUCAGUAA